AUGCAUCAACGUCUGAUGAUGUCAAUAUCAAUUCUAGAUCCAUUGUCUAAUCCUAUGAAUCAACUCCCCACCCGUCCCCUCGAUCAGCCGCCACUCGCCAAUCAUGGACCGUCCGUUGACCGGCCCUGUGUCACAUUCUCUAUGAACUCGAUCAUAUGUUUCAUGGAUUUGAUUCCCCUCCACCAGACUACUCACUAG